AUGCAGAUCGAAGGCGGAGGGCACGAGAUUGUAUCGGAACUUGCACUGCAGGAAUUGGGAGUAAUAAUCGACGACCGGUUGAGCUUCAAUCACCACGUUGACUACAUCAGCGAAAAGUCGGCGAAGGCAACGAACGCAAUAGCGAUAAUUAUGCCAAACGUUGGUGGUCCGCGAAGCAGCACGAGACGUCUGCUAUCUGCUGUAUCGUCAUCGAUAGCGCGAUAUGGGGUUAUUGCUUGGGGUGCGGCGCUGAAAAUCAAGUGGAACCGUGAACAGUUGAACAGUGCUUACAGAACAAUAUCGUGUGUGUUAUCGCUGGGAUCCUCCCCCAGGGUGAUGCAGAUGGGGAUCAUCCCGGCGAUAACUACGAUUGAUACAAUCGGAGAAACACCAAAAUCGUGA